AAGGCGCAAGGCCGUGCCGGGAAGCGACCGGGUCAUCGCGGAGCCAAAGCCGGGUUGGGCAGCGGCUCAGCACGCACCGGCACAGACCGCACCGUCGGGCCCCGGCGUGGGACGCGCCCGCGGCGAGGAGCUGCGGCCGGCAGCCCGUGCCCGCCUCGCCCAUGGCGCGGCCGCGGGACCCCGCGGAGCGCUGCUCCUGCCGCAACACCAACUGCGUGGAGCGGCCGCUGCGCCGGCUCUUCGAAGCGCUGGCGAGCGCCGUGGCCGCCUGGCCCUGGCCCUUCGUGCUGGUGCCGCUGCUGCUGUCGGGCGGGCUGGGCGCCGGCUUCCUCUUCCUACCGCAGCGGCAGGCGAACGACAUCGAGGGGCAGUUCACGCCGACGUGGGGGCCCGCCAAGGCCGAGCGCGACUUCGUGCGGCGGCGCUUCCCCACCAACGACACGGAGCGCUUCUCCGCCCCGCGGCUGCCCACCGAGGGCGCCUACGCCGCCCUCAUCGCUGUGGCGACGAACGGCACCUCGGUCCUGGAGCCGGCGGCGUGGGCAGAGGUGCUGCGGCUGAACGCGACCGUGCACGACGCCGAGUACGAGCGGCUCUGCGCCCGCACCGCCGGCGUCUGUGCCAGCCCCAACCCGCUGCUGUCGCGGCGGGGCGAUGCGGGACCGCCCGCCCCGGGGAGCCUCCGCUUCCCCGUCAACGACAGCGUCUUCCUGGGGGCCGCGCUGGGCGGCGUGGAGACGGACGGCGGGCGGGUGCUCAGGGCGAGGGCCCUGAAGCUGGUGUAUUACCUGCGGGAGGACGGCCCCGAGGCGCAGGACAGCCGGCAGUGGCUGGAGAGCUUCCUGCAGGGCAUCAGUUCCAAAGUGGCGGAGUUGCGCCUCGGCUCCGUUCAGGUGACUUACUUUACCUCACUGUCCAGACAACAGGAGUUUGAAGGAAAUACUAAGAGUGUGAUCCCGCUCUUCUCCGUGACGUAUUUCUUAACAAUAAGCUUUGCAGUCAUCUCUUGCCUAAGGUAAAAUAUCUCUAAGACAUAGCUCAAUGAGCAGUGAGGUAAACUCUGUCAGUUGGUUUCUGCUCUUGUCAAGUGAAGGCAUUCUUGAAGCUGCAGAAUUUCUGUGACAUUUUAUAGGCAAAAUGUAUUUCUUUGCCAUUUAUUGUCUACGUAUGUGUAUCUCCCAGCUGCUUAGAUGGUAGAUGAAAACUUGAACAAGUGUUCAGUACUUUGUUAAGGUUCAGGUGGAUGAGCAGUAGCUUCAAAGAUUCCUGCAAGUCUGGGUACAGCCUUAGUUGUUUCACCUGUCAGUAGUCAGAACCUUACCUGCUGUCCAUAGAGAACUUAAUCCCCCCUUUCUUAGUGCUGAUGGGAAAAGAACCCUUGUACACUCAACACCUGUACAGCAGUAUCUGUGUCCUGUACUUCCAAAAAAUUGGACUUGUAGGGUGAGUGGGCUGGUUUAGUGCUUGCAUCAAGCGUCACACCUAUUAGAGCAUUUCUUGUGGUAUGCUUGAGCCAGCCCUCCCAGGUGUCUUGGCAAAAGGCUGGUAGCCAACCUGCCUGCUGAGAAAGUUUCUCUACAUGGCACGUAGUGCCUGAAAGUUGCUUCCACUGAUAUGCUACAGCAAAAACUCAUGUAAAAUCAAAGACGACCUAGAAACUCACAAAUUUUUUGCAUCACCCAAAGUCUCACUGCAUUGGUAGAGCUUAUGUAUCCUUAUUUUGUCAUCUCUUGUUAUUGAUGCCAAGAUCAGUACACAUCCUUACUCCUCUGAAUAUAUUUGGGCAGUGGUAAUAAUGUGUAUAACACCUCCUAGAGAAAUUAGCUUUGUGUAAUGCUGACACCUGGGAACUCUCCUAGCAGCUUUCAUCAGGAGUUAUUCUGAGAGAGGGUAUCACUGGUAUGUGAGUACUUUUCAUGCCAAACACCUUGGUGAAAUAUUUGACA